AUCUAUUCGAUCUUCAAUCUUCGCCAAAGAACGAAAUGAAGUCCAGCAUUCGAGCGGCCAUAUGGUUAGUUCCGUUGGCAGUUGGAUGCAUGGCCCUGCCGCCGCAAUUACAGGCCGAUCUGAUGAGUAGCGGGAAGAUGAAAUACCGGCGUGCGAAGGCGCCAUCGUAUUUCAACGAAGAGGAGUCGAGCAGUUCGGUAAUUGCAUCGAGCGGUAGCGGCAUCGAUGAGAACAGCGUCGGCCCCACUACUACCAUUAGCAACGUUGCAAAAAUCAGCAAUGGCGGCGGUAGCAAGAACGUCGAUGCCAUUAUAUCAAACCCGCUUCCUCCUCGCCGGGUUUCCGCCACGAUUAACGGCGACUCGAUCACCACGCUCUUGUCCUCCUCCUCCUCCUCCUCCUCCUCGUCCUUGACGACGUCGACAAUGUCAUCGUCGACGGGACACGAUUCCUCUUCCGUCGAGGUCGCGACGGGCGGCUCGUCGACCUUGUCGAUCGCGGACGCGAGAACGGAAUUGGGAGCACCCGUGUCGUCGGCGAGCAACCGUGGCACGACGACCACGAGAACGACGAUGAAGAUGUCGACAACGAUGGCGAUAAAUACAAGCAGCUCGAAUUUAACCACGUUCCCCACCGAAGCCUCAUCGAGAACGAUCGCUUCGAAUCGAGACGCGAGCACCUUUUUACCUUCCUCGAAGAAAUCGACGACUAGCUUCAACGAGAUUACCACCACCCCUGCCUCGACCUCGUCGAAAGAAAUGAGGGAAUCGACGGGCAAGAUCCGACCCCAGAUCAAACUGACGAUGAACUACACGAAUCUUGGCGAGACUGGGGUACGAUUACCGGAGGGUGCGAGCGCAGCUCUUGCAAAACCAACCAAGUAUCACUACUAUCCACACAAUCAGCAUAUCUACUUGUUACCAGAGUGCGCGGUACAGCAAGUUUGCAAUGCCGUUUACGUUAGGCUGAAUUUUACUCAGCCUCUGUGCGCUUGUCCAGGAAGAUACCGCGACCCUUGCAGCGCCUCACUCGACAGCGACGAUCUCCACACUACCGAGCUGGUCACCGACCCACGAACCAAGGCUCUAACAUUGGUGAAAACAUGUGAACCAGUGGCGGAAAUGCGCGAAUGCAGAAUACCAAGAGACUGGUCUCUCCUCGCGCUACAAAACGUACGAACAGGGAAAUCUCAUUAUCUCGUUAUAUGUCGUUGUCCCGACGCCAAUAUAUUGGAGGGUCCUAUGAGUCACGAUCAACCAACAUACGCGAGCGUGCCAGGAAUACGUGUUUACGGGAUGAUGUGCGUGCAAGGGAAUCGAAAAGGACGACCAUUAAGAUAUAAGCGCAGUGUUGCAGAUCAUUUUCAUCGAGAGAUUGACGAGGAGUCUGCUGCAUACAGCGACAGUGAAGAGACGAACGAACGAUUGAAGUUUCCAUGGUACAAAGUACGGCAACUAAUGGAUUCAAUUAUUUGGGAUUAGAUUUAUUAGCUAAACUUCCAAAA